AUGCCUGUCCACGACCCCAGUGGACCUCAGCCCCAGACCCUGCAGAUAUUCCAGAGAGCAAAGCCAAGGCAACCAGCCCCCUGCUGCAGACCCCACCCGGCAUGGAAGGACAGCAGUCAUACCCCUUCCCCAUGUCUUAUUCAAAGACUUGACCACAUUGUGAUGAAUGUAAAGAGUAUCAAAGACACCACCAUGUUUUGUUCCAAGAUCCUGGGCAUGGAGGCCAUAACUUUCAAGGGAGACCAGAAAGCACUGUGAUUUGGAGACCAGAAAUUUAACCUCCAUGAGGAGGGAAAGGAAUUUGAACCCAAAGCUGCUCACCCUGUUCCUGGCUCCCUGGACAUAUGUCUGAUCACAGAGAUAUCUUUGGAAGAAAUGAUCCAGCACCUCAAGGCUUGUGAUGUUCCCAUUGAGGAGGGUCCAGUCCCUAGAAGAGGGGUAAAAGGACCCAUUGUGUCCAUCUACUUCUGAGACCCUGACAGAAACCUUAGUGAAGUGUCCAACUAUAUCUCCUCGUGA